AUGCGCAUCCCCCUCUUCACCCUCCUCGUCUUGGCUUUGGCGGCGUCAGCCCAGCCCACCAAGUGCCGUCCCCGCCUCUCACCUGCCAACAACACGCCCGUACCCCAGCUCUCGGUCUCGGCUGCCGCUGCCACUGUGCCCCUCGGCUCGGUGACUGACGUUCCUGUUGCCAGCGUGCCGGCGUCGAGCGCUGUCAUCUCCAUCACCGAUGCCGCCACUACCUCUGCCUCAGACUCAGACUCAACCCCCUCCGAUCCGGCACCCACUGACCAGUCGCCGACCUCGCCGACCCCCGACUCAACCCCCGCCCGCCCCAGCCCCAACCCCAACCCCACUCCCCACCUCCCCCUGCGCCAAAACAUCCUCCUAACCUCCUCCCCACUCGACGCCGACCUGGACGGCAGCUCGGCCGUCUCGCAAUGGAUAGUAGAGUACCACAACGAGUUCCGGUCCGAGUUUGGAGCCCCAAACAUCACCUGGUCGCCCGCCCUCGCCGCGACCCAAGCGGACCACCUCAGCCGCUGCGAGUACGCGCACUUCGGGAGCGAUAACCUCGCGACCGCGUGGUCCAGCGACUCGACAAAGCAGUGGGAUGUCGACGAGCUGCUUGAUCUCUGGGCGGGCGAGUGGACCGCGCAUGCUGGUGCCGUGGACGGCCCGCUCGACCACUUCACCUUGAUGGUGUGGAAGGACGUCACCGAGGUCGGGUGUGCGUGGACGCUCGACUGUGCCGACCCGGGCUGGGCGCAGCGCGUCUACUUUACGUGCAAGUACUCGCCCCCCGGCAACAUUGUAGGCCAGGAGGCGGCCGAGGUCGGCGGGUACAUUGGCGCCUAG